AACGCUUCCAACUACAGCCGGUACAAACACGAGUUCCUCGACUACAACUGCGAUAGUUGCACCUGCUACAGCUCCAGUAAUGUCUACACAAGUUUCUACAUUCCAGUUUUCCGUUGAACCUUUUAACCAGACAGCUACAAAAUGGUCCAGUCAAAGAGGAUUCAAGCCAGACUAUUAGAAACAAAGGGAUUGGACUUGGACCGAGCCGUAGAAAUUGCAGCAAGCAUGGAAACUUCAGAAAAGGAUAGUAAUCAAUUUUCUCACAACAAUAAUUACAAUCAGGCUAGUAUAAAUGUUUUAAAUGCGAAAGCAAAAAGUUCUCAUAAAAAUACAAACACUAGUAAAUUUAAUGAUAAUAAUACAGUAAAUAAUCAUAGUAGCUCUCCUAAUAAUACUUCUACAAUGUCAAAUAACCCUAAUAGGGCUUGUUAUAGAUGCGGAGACACCUCGCAUUUAGCCGAUAAAUGUAAUAAAAAGCAUUUAAUAUGUAACUUUUGUAAAAACGUCGGACACAUUCAAAAAGUUUGUUUAAAGGCACAACAAAAUUCACACAGGCAAGUAAAUUCAGUAAACUCUGCUCAAGAGGUCUUAGAAGUAAAUGCUGGAAAUUGCAAAGAUAAAUUUUUUAUAAAUUUAAAAGUGAAUGGUAAUAUUUUAAAUUUUGAAAUUGAUUCUGGCGCUGCUGUUACAAUCAUAAAUAAAAAUAUAUUUGAAAAAUAUUUUCCUGUAUUACAAUUACAAAAAUCGGAUGUUAAAUUAACUACAUACUGCAAAAAUAAUUUGAAUGUUUUAGGUUUAGUUUCAGUGGAGGUUGAGCACCAGGAAUUAAAGCACACUCUAAAGUUGUAUGUGGUGGAUGGUGAUGGCUACUCACUGGUUGGUCGAGAGUGGAUACAUGCUCUGGAAAUCAAUUUACAUCAGGUAAAUACAAUUCUACAUGAAAAUUUUGAAAUUGCAACUUUGUUAGAUAAAUAUAAACAUUUAUUUGAAAAGUCAGUUGGUGAAAUAAAAGGGUUAGAGGCUGAAAUUUAUCUAAAACCUGGUACUAAAGCAACAUUUUGUAAGGCCCGUCCUGUAGCUUUUGCAUUACGCCCUAAAGUUGAGGCAGAAUUAGAGUCCUUAGUAAAUCAGGGAGUCUUAAAGAAAGUAGCAUUUUCGGACUGGGCAACUCCUAUUGUUCCUGUAGUUAAACAAAAUGGGGACAUACGCAUUUGUGGUGAUUUUAAAAUCACAUUAAACCCUUGCAUUGAAGUGGAUGAAUACCCUUUACCUACACCAGAUGACCUACUUUCCCAAUUAGCAGGUGGGGACAAAUAUACAAAAAUAGAUAUUACGAAAGCUUACUUACACUUGCCAAUAAAAGAUGAAAUGAAACAUUUACUUACAUUAAACACCCAUAAAGGUUUAUUUCAACCAAAUCGAUUAAUGUUUGGAAUUGCUAGUGCUCCUGCCAAAUGGCAACGUUUAAUGGAGCAAAUGCUACAAGGAAUAGAUGGUAUUUCAAUAUUUCAGGAUGAUAUAAGAAUUACAGCUCCAAAUAAUACCUUACAUUUACAAAGACUUGAACAAGUUUUAAAGAAAUUAUCUGAACAUAAUUUACAUAUAAAUUUGGAUAAAAGCGAAUUUUUCAAAGACGAGAUUGACUACUGUGGAUAUAAGAUGAGUAAAACGGGUGUGUCUACUAGUGCAGAUAAGGUAACUGCAAUUGCAAAUGCUCCAAUACCUACAAACAGAACUCAAGUUCGGAGUUUCUGUGGCCUAAUUAAUUAUUACAGACGUUUUUUAAAAGAUACUUCUACAAUUUUACAACCAUUAAAUAAUUUACUUAAAAAGAAUGUCAAUUUUAAAUGGUCGAAUACUUGUCAAACUGCGUUUGACAAAGCAAAAAACUCAUUUGUUCUAGAAAUGUUUUAUGUCACUAUGACCCAAAUUUACCAUUAGUCCUAGCAACUGAUGCAUCACCCUAUGGGGUAGGUGCAGUACUUUCACAUAUCUUUCCAGAUGGUACAGAGAGACCCUUACAGUUUGCUUCUCAAACUCUUACUACUACACAGCAAAGGUACUCACAAAUAGACAAAGAAGCUUACAGCAUAAUUUUUGGAGUAAAAAAAUUUUACAAUUAUUUAUGUGCUAGGAAAUUUACUUUGCUCACUGAUCAUAAGCCGUUAGUUCAAAUUUUCGCACCUGAUAAAAGCCUACCAGUUUUAAGUGCAACAAGAAUGCAACAUUAUGCAAUUUUCUUACAAGAUUUGAAUUAUGACAUUCGUUACAAAAAUACAGAUUCUCAUCUCAAUGCUGACGCACUUUCACGUCUACCUAUAAAAUCAGAACAAAAUUUCACACAUGAUGAGCCAGAUAUUUUUGAAAUAAAUCAAAUUGAAACUUUGCCUACAAAUAUUAGAGAUCUAGCUUUUCAUACAAAAAAUGAUCAUACCUUAAAAAAAUUACUUGUUGGGUUAAAAACAGGAAAACCUGUUGAUAAACGAUGUAGCUUCAAUAUAAAUCAAGCUGAAUUUUCAUUACAAUCUGAUGUUAUUAUGAGAGGACAAAGAGUAGUUAUACCUACUAAAUUGAGAAAUAAAAUUUUGACAGAAUUACAUACUGCACAUUUUGGAAUAGUUAGAAUGAAAUCUUUAGCUCGUAGUUAUUGCUGGUGGCCUCACAUAGACCAGGAUAUUGAGUCACUUUGUAAAAAUUGUUUAGAGUGCAAUAAGCACAAGAACAACCCAAUUAAAGAUAAUUCUCAUAUAUGGGAGCCACCAAAAUUUUGUUUUGAACGAGUGCAUGCUGAUUACGCUGGACCUUUCAAUGGAGGUUAUUAUUUUAUAUUGGUAGAUUCCUUCAGUAAAUGGCCUGAAAUUCAUUUUACAAAAAAUACUACUACAAAAACUACUAUUGAAAUUUGCCGAAAAAUUUUUACAACUUUUGGUAUUCCUAAAGCUUUUGUUACAGACAAUGGUAGACAAUUUGACUCUCAUGAGUUUAGAACCUUUAUGAAAGAUAAUGGAAUUACACAAAAAUUUACUGCACCCUACCAUCCUGCAACUAAUGGACAGGGAGAGAGAUAUGUCCAAAUACUGAAAAAAUGUUUAAGGGCUAUGCGAAGUGAGGGAAAUGACAGGGAGUUUGAAUUAUGUAAGCUACUUAUGCAAUACCGCAGAAGCCCACAUACAGUUACAGGUAAAAGUCCCUCAGAACUUAUGUUAGGAAGACAAAUAAGGAAUAGAUUAGAUUUACUUAAACCUUCAUGUAGUGAUAGAGUUACCUAUACUGAUAUGAGUCUAAGAAACUUUGAUAUA